AAGCCAAAAUGUCAAAGUGAAGACUUGCAGCUGCAGGGGUUUACUGGAAGCAAAGGGGAUGGACAAAUUACAAAUUCUGAAAAGAGAGUUGAGAGGGAACGACAAUUCAUUCAGGUUGUAAGAGUCACUUUUCAAGAGCACUGGAUUGUUCCUCUGUCUUGCUGAUCUUGAUGUUUACUCAUAUUGCGGAUAGACACAGAGAAUAAAAUUAGACGUGAUAGUGUGCUUACAUGCUUUUUGGAGGAGUCUAAAAAAUUGAUCUAUCAAGUUCUGACAGGCCUUCUUCUAUAUGGAUCGUACUUCCAUUCCCCUCGUCCUACUGUGCAGCCUGGCUUUAUUUACCCCUAUUACGGGAUGCUUCUGUGACCACUACCCAUGGAGUUCAUGGUCCUAUUGCACCAAAACCUGUGACUCUGGAACCCAAGCACGUACAAGGGCUGUGCGCCAUGAUGAGCACUGGACAAAAAACAAUUGCUUCCAGCUGUGUCAAACACAGGAGACUAGGGUGUGUAAUGCUGAGGCCUGUACUAUAAACUGCCAGCUGACUGAAUUUGGACCCUGGUCAGAGUGCUCGCCGUGUGCCAAAAAAUCUUUCAGAAUCAGGUCUGUUUUGAAGCCGGCUCAGUUCGGGGGGGAAGAGUGUAGUCAAUCGCUUACAGAGGAAAGACCCUGUCAUCCCUCCAAGGAAUGUAGGAUUGAGCCUGUCAACUGUAAAGAGAAGUUCACCUGUGACAGUGGAAGAUGUAUAAAUGCAACUCUGCAGUGCAACGAUCAGGACGACUGUGGGGACAACUCUGACGAGAGAGACUGUGGGCAAACCAAAAAAGUGUGUGCAAGUGAACGGAGAUUUGCUUUCAUUCCUGGAGCAGAUCUGAUUGGUUAUGGAUUUGAUGCUGCUGCAGAGCAGAUGAGAGGCACUGUUCUGGACAGCUCAUUCAUGGGGGGUGAAUGCACUCUACAAAGACAUAAGAGGAACUACUACAGAAUCCCUGCCAACAUUGAAAGAUAUGAAAUCAAGGUAGAAAAUCUUGAAGAUUUUCAAGUGAAAGAAGUCAAACCCCAAAAAGUCAACUUGGCCAAAGAAUCAAAUCAAUUUUUUAAAGAGGCCAUGAAAAUAUCUCAACAAAAGGACUCUGAGUUUUUCAGGGUGCAUCAGGUUGUUGCCACAUCAACAUUCAGAAUGAAAUCCUCUGACCUCUACUUAUCAGACCCUUUCCUUCAGUUUCUAAACAGUCUACCACUGGAAUAUAACUAUGCCCUUUACAGACAGAUCUUCCAGUUGUUUGGGACACAUUAUUUCAGCUCUGGGACAUUAGGGGGAAAGUAUGACCUCCUUUUCCAAUAUGAUCGAGAAGAACUGAAAACCUACGGUUUGACAGAAGCAGAAAUGAACAGUUGUUUUAGUCAGGAUUCUACCAUCAUCGCUUUAUUCUAUAAUAGAAUAUCACAUAGUUCCACCUGUGGGAAAAAUACAUUAAAAACUGAAUAUGAAGGGUCAAUUGUAAAAGCUUCAGAGAAGUGUAUUACAUCUGUGCAAGGAGGUAGAGCUGAAUUUACAGCAGCCCUGGCCUGGGAGAAGAGGGGUGUAUCGCCAGACAGCACUACAUACCAGAAUUGGAUCAAAUCUACAAUUGACAAUCCAACUGUUAUAGAUUUUGAGCUUUUGCCUUUAGUAAAUUUGGUGCGGGGCUUCCCUUGUGCUGUGACAAAGAGACGGCAUCUUCAUAAGGCGCUGAUGGAGUACCAGACUGAAUUUGACUCUUGCAAAUGUGCCCCCUGCCCAAACAAUGCCCGGCCAGCUCUUUCUGGAACAGAGUGCAUUUGUAUUUGCCAGACCGGGACCUAUGGACCAAACUGCGAGAAACGAGCACCAGACUAUACUGCAGAUGAAGUUGAUGGGCGCUGGAGCUGCUGGAGCUCUUGGAGUACUUGUGACGCCACCUUGAAGAGGCAUCGCUCUCGUACCUGUAACAACCCUGCACCCCAGCGGGGCGGCAUACCCUGCCAGGGCCCUAGGAAGCAGGAGGAGGAGUGUACCAUCUCUAUUUUCCAGGAGCAAAAUGUGUGCAUUAAUGAUGAUGACUUUGUGACUGAAGGGUCCCGUGAGAGCCAGCUGCCCCCUGGAGCUUCUGGCUGUCCAAAACCCCGUCCCCCUGCCAACAGCCACCUGAGAAUCAACAAACGGCAAUACGAUUAUGGAGAUCAUGAGGAGUUUGUUUGCUUUACUGGUUUUGAGCUGGACGGAUACCAGCUUAUUCAUUGUUUGCCGGAUGGUACUUGGGAGAAGCCCAAAGGACAGUGCAUUAAAAAUGUUUGCUCCAAACCCACAGUGCCUGACGGCAUGAAGAUAUACCCAAACAAAAUGGAGUAUAAAGUAGGAAGUGACAUCAUGCUGGCCUGUUUAGAAAGUGACAUGAGUCCCUCAGGGCGUCAGUCUUACUCAUGUGGGAAGAGUCUUGUCUGGGAGCCAAGCAUUCCACAGGACAUACACUGCAAGAUUGAUAAACCCUUCAUACCAGACAGCAGCUGUAAACUUGGAGAGAUGCAUGAUGGGACUAAAUGCAUCUGCAUGUCCAAAGAGAGAUGCAGAAAUUAUAGAACAGACUUGUGCAUUUUUGACGCAGACAAAGAGACUGCCAUUAUGAUGUCCCUCUGUGCUUUUCAUGCUGACCGUUGUCAUGGAGACCGAUUAUACUUUAUGAAUAAUGGGCCAUGCAAAACUGACGCAGGCAGUCUGGACUGGGCCAAAUUCAGGGCCAGUGUAUCUGAGCAGAGCACAGUGCAGGAGCCCUGCGGUUCAGACACCUGUUACGAGUGGGAGACCUGCUCAGAGUCAAAUACAUGUGAGUGCAAAAUCCCCAGAGAUUGUUCAAAGGAUGGGAAGCAAAUGUACUGCCUGAAAAUUGUGAGAACGCAAAGCACACGGAGCAUGAAUCUCUGCUUCAUGGCUGCCAUGAAGUGCAGCAGGAUAGAGUUUGAGCUUCUGCAUGAAGGUCCUUGUGCAAGUUCUUAAUUGUGCACCAAUCUUGCUGUAGAAAUUUUCACAGCUGAAAUGCUCACAGGUUUGCACCCAUUAUUGAUUUGUACAGAAAACGCAUUGAUGUUUUAUAGUCACUCACAGCAUGCUAUGCAGUAAUAUUUUGUGCAUUAGAGCAAUCUGGAUAUUGAUGUGGAACAGCACAAUAAAAUGUUAUCACACGUUCA